UUAGAGCCUGUUCCUGGCCAAUAACCAAGUAACUCCACCUUCUGCUGUAGAGAAAUGCGCUGUUUAUAUCAGCAAUCAGCUCCACAGAGCCCACUCACUCAAUCAGCUUCCAUCUAGAGAGGGCAUCAGUGCGCUUUGACUCACAGAUAAUUCAGACAUGCCUUCAGUGGGACUGGAGAUACUUGGAGUGGCUCUGGCUGUCCUGGGAUGGAUUUCCGCCAUCGUGUCCUGCGCCUUGCCCAUGUGGAGAGUGUCUGCGUUCAUUGGGGUGAACAUAGUCACAGCACAGACCACCUGGGAGGGCAUCUGGAUGAACUGCGUGGUCCAGAGCACAGGUCAGAUGCAGUGUAAAAUCCACGACUCUAUGUUGGCUCUAAGCGCCGACCUUCAGGCAGCCCGCGCCCUCACCGUCAUCUCCAUCGUGUUGGGCAUUGUGGGAAUCCUGGUGGCGAUUAUGGGGGCAAAGUGCACCAACUGCGUGGACGAAGAGACAGCAAAGGCCCGGGUGAUGAUAGCUGCCGGGGGGGCCUUCAUCUUGGCCUCUCUGACCCAGCUGAUCCCUGUUUCGUGGUCUGCACACACUAUCAUCGCGGAGUUCUACAAUCCAGUCAUCCCUGAGGCACAGAAGAGGGAGAUCGGCGGAGCUCUGUACCUGGGCUGGGCUGCAGCUGCAUUUCUGCUCAUUGGAGGCGGCAUCCUCUGCUCCAGUUGCCCCCCACAACCUGAGAAAAGGUACGGGCCUCCGUCAAAGAUGAUGUACUCGCAAACCAGGUCAAUCGCCCAGAGCGACUACAACAGGAGAAACUACGUCUGAACUUACACCUGCUCUUUUCUCACACCCUCUGCCGUCAUGGAAAAGACUGAUCAAAGAGAACUGGAGAGUACAGUCAUUUUUUAUAAAUUAUACACGUGUUGUCUUCAUGUUGAGAUGGAGGAAAAGCUGAUAUUCAUGUCACCAUAUGUCCCUUCGAACAAACUUGUUUCCCUUAAUUUUAUUGUGUGCAACUUUGUCACUGUUGGGAGCCGUGAAGUGAACAACUGUAUGUUAGUGAUGUGUUGUCGCCUUUAUUUUAUACUUACUUUAUACUUACUAAAAUGAAUUGUAUACAUUGUAACACACACUUAGAGAAAGGUUGGUUCUAGUUUUUUUGUAUUGACUGUGUAUGUGUUUCAUGAAGAAUUUCAGAUUUGAUUGGAGGUAUGUGAAGCCACAUAAUGUAGUUUUGUUAUCCAUACAUUUUUUAAAUCAGUUCAUCUGAAAUGUUUUAAUGUUUGACGUGUUUUUUUCAUUAAA